GGGGUGGAGAACGCGGUUCGCUGUGUGGCACUGUGGACGUUUCAUAUCAUACCAGAACUUUCAGCCUAGUGAAACGCGGGAAAAGUCGGCGGGAGCUACAAAAAUGGGAUCAAAGCUGAUUUUGGCUUUGUUGAUCGUAUGUUUAUCACACGUGCUCUCAGCACCGUUGGCUCAAAACACAGGUCCAGAGAGCGGUGACAAUAAACCAGAUGUUCCAGUUGAGGAAUUGGAAAAUCUAAAAAUGGAAGAAGCAAGUAAGGAGAUGGUUCCUGAUAUGAAGACUGAGCAUAUGGAAUACCACAGACUUGAUUCCGUGCAAGCGAAUGGCGAAUUACUCUCCCGGCUGGAACAGCACGCCUCAGCAGAUGCUACCGGGGACGAGAAGCCUCACGUUCACGCAAAAACCCAGCUAGACGUGCCCGCAGAAGGCGUGCAUAAGGUGCUCGUGCAGGAAGAUGGACAUGUCAGCGUGCUGGACGCCACUGUGCCCACCACGCCACAGACGGAAGAGCAAACUACUAAAAUCUUCCACGGUGCAGCGCGUUUAGUGCAACCCGGUUUGGGAACGAACAGCCCACAAAAUGGUCAUACCGCUGUACGCAGAGCAUUCAACGCUGACAUCACCAAAGAAACGAAGCAUAAUAUGGAUCACUACGCUUCAUACUCCGGCGUGCAGUAUUCUCCACUAGAUAUGGCAGAGUACGUGUUCUGGACGGGAGACGAACGCGGCGUCACGACUGCCAUUGAAGAUUUCCUCCAAGAGGGAAUGAUGUCUAAAGAAGAAGCCAUUGCAUUCCUUCAAGAGAUCAAAUUCAAUAUAGACUACCUCCGUGCGCAUUAUUCACAAAAUCUGAAAGCAGCCGAAGAAAACGCACAACAGGAAAAACUGAGAAACUUCAUCUUGGAACAAAACUCUAAGGAUUACCAGUAUCGCCCGGCGCCUCUACAGUCUUUUCCUUUCGGAGGCAGUCCGGAUAUCAUCCGGUCGAUCGCUGGCAAGACGUGGGACAUGAGCAACAACCUGCUACCCAUGCCGUCGCUCCCCGUCUCCAGCGACCUUCGCCCGGAGCCCGUCAAGCGCACAUACGACCCCAUGCUUCAGACUAACAUCAUAAGCACUUCGGACUACGACCGCGAUGGCUCGAUCAUCAGCGAAGAGGAGUAUGAAGAAAUGAUGGACAAACUACGUGCGGCUGACACCCUGUACACGGAAUACACUUUAGAGGAAAUCAUUUAUCAACUGGCCAAGAUGAUGUUCUCUCAGUCCCUGGCCCGCGAGCCGUCGUCAGCGCGCGCGGCCACGCAGCGCUUCAUGUCGUUCCUCGAGCUGGAGGCUGAACGCGGACAGCUCUCCAGGACCAUACAGAAGAAAGUGCUCGACGUGAUGAUGGCAGCGCUCACAGACACCAUCAGCGACCACCCCGAACUGCUGCAGGCGAGAGAGGGCCUUGCUCUUAAUCCAUCUAACAGGAUGAUGCACCAAUUUCUGGAGACAAGUGCAUUAGAACCGAGCGUCUCGCGAGCGAUCCUGGCGGCUUACAAGGAUGAGCUCCUGAAAGGUCCCCUGCACAAAUUCUCCUUCGAAAGAAACUAAAGUAUACACGACACAAUGUAAAGCUAGGCAUUCAUUAUAUCCGGACCUGACUUGUAACUCCGACUCGAAUCCCAAAGUGAGGGUCUGGUGGACCCACCGCCCUGAAGCAGGAGGUCUAGCACCGUAGUUUGACUGUGUGACGAUUGCAAUCAGUUCUGAUUGACUGAGAUUCUCUCGCUAUUGGCUAAAAUGUACAGCUCCGGUAAGAAAGCCAUAAAUUCAGUCAAUCACAAUAAUUGAGUUUGUAGAAAAGUGAUAAAAUCGUGCUAAGGGGAUCUCAGUGGCUAUGUCAUUUAGUUGUACCUACUCCACGGUAUUCAACAAAUAUCCAUACUAAUAUUUUAAAUAAGAAAGUGUAUUUGUCAGUCUGUCUGUCUAUUCGUUAGCUUUUCCCGGCCCAUCGGUAGGUAAAAACGUAAUUCACCGUGGGCGUAGGCGUGGGCAUUAUAUAUUUGGUAAAGAGUUAGCAUCCCGUAUACGGAUAUAGGCUACUUUUGUCCCAGAAAAUCCGAUGAGAUUUUUAUAAAACCUAAAAUCACCGAAGUCGUCAUCAUCAAAUAAAUAGUGACGGAGUUCACACCAUCGGUGUUUAUCACUGAAAUUUAAUGCAUCAAUUCAUUCAUCUGUUUCCAGUUGGUUAUCAAAGUUAGCCAAUAACAAAUUGCCUUGUGGUUUGUCAGCUAGACAGUUUUCGCAGUGUAGUACAACUAAAUUAUAAAGCCACUAAGGCCCGUCUCCACCUAAGCCGUGCGGAGAGAUGAACUCCAACACCAAUCAUGAAAACAUUAUCACGACACCUUUUAAAAAUCUGAUCCUCCUUUGUUUUCACUGACCAUACGCGAUCAAGUUUACCGGUUAAGUUUGCAGCGGACUUGAUACAGCAUCCAGUAAACUUGAGUGUACAUGAUAUCAUGCACACUUGACGGUGUAUGGCCAUCAGCUGACUGGACGCCGCCUCUUCAUCUCCAUUGCAAACUUGAUCGUGUAUCAAGGUGGAGACCGGCUUCAUACACGGUAUAGGCCUGCUGCUUUUCUCUUCCAUUUACAGACGGACUGGUCGUAGCGCGGUCAAAAGCUAACCCCCAAUCUACCACAUCGCGGUCCGCCCGUGAAUUGUAGCUGUAGGUACUAGUAACUUUCCUGCCAUUUUAUUUUUAUCUGCGUUUAGUAUUAAGUUCCGCUAAUUUCUCUUAAAAAUUAAUAACAUUAGGAAAUGCCAAAGCGUAGUAUAUAAGAUUGACUAGCUAUUGUAUGUAAUUUGUAAAUCUUUUUUUUUUAGAAAUUGCCAGAUGUACUUAUACAAUAGGAACUUAUCUACUUAAUUGACAUUUCAAAAAUUAAAAAAAUGGCAGUUUCUAAAACUUGCAUAUAAUAUAAUAUAAUGGCAAUGAUAAGAAUAUAUCGCCGAAUAUAGGUCGGUGUUACCUAUUCGUCUAAUAUUCAUAUACCUAAACCCUAAUCUAAGUUGCUUACUAUGCCUGAAGAGAUCCUUAUAAAGGUAUUAUGAAAAAGUAAAUACAUACCUGAUAAUUAUGUACCUAAUGUACCUACAGGUCGAAUGGUAAACGGCACGAUGCCUUUCCUGGUUUGCAUGUGAAAUUCUAACAUAUUCCAAAUAGUUUUCCUUUUGAAACUUUUUUGUCGCAAUAUUUAAAAAUCGUUUGUUUAAAUUCAACGUCUAUAAGUACUUACUUUUAAUGUCUAAUAAUUGCAGUUAUUUGAACAAUUAUGUACUUAGUAUUUAUCUAGGAAAAAAGUAGAUAGCAAAAUUCAUUAACUUAAAUUAGUAUGGUUAGAUAUGAAUAUGAAUGAUGUCUUUGGUAAUUACUCACUUAGUAGGGUAGAGCGCUCAUUUAUUUUUACAUAUUUGUAUUGUGUUAACUGUUUCAUAAUCUAUUUUAUGAGCAUUGUAGUUGACAUAUUACAAUACGCUGGAAGAGCUGUGCCAUAUAAAAUUGCAGUUAUUUUUGGUGCCGGAUUUUUUUGUCGUCUCGUUACUAGUAAUUAUUGACUCAGAGUACGUCCACUGUUGCUAUCAACGUCAAAUGGCGAAAAUGAAGUUGUUUCAAAAACAGGUCAGCAAUUGUCUGCCAAUUGCAAGUCCAGCGAUCUUGUAUUAGUGGAGGUCAGUGUUUAUUGGCUUUGCCAAUGAAAAGCAAAAACGGAUCUAUUAUUACUUAGGUACUCUUCUUAUUAUAUUUUAUGCAUUUUAAAGUAUCAAUUUAUAUUCGACUUUCAGACUUUUCUACACCCUUAUCUACGUAUAAAUUGUAUUAAGAUCCUUUCUUAUAGUAUGUUAGCAAAAUUGUAUGUUUUUACAAUAUUCAAAUAUGUAGGUAACUCACAAAAAUCAUGUUUGGCCUUUCCACCUCAUCUGUAAAGUAUAUUUAGAAGAUAAGUACAUAUUAGUUUAAGCUAUUUAUACUAAAUUAUACAUAAUAUACUUAAUGUUAUUUCGUUAGGUCUAUUCAAACUUUUAAAACAUAUUUUUCUACAAUACCUUCAAAUACUGUGAUGUACUUAGAAAGAAGAAAGGUACAAUGCCUUUUCCCCCCACACAUCAAUAUGAUAAUCUCACAUUAAAAUAUAAAUUAAGGAAGUUAUGUACCAUUUUUUUAGCAUUACAUACUUAUUGUAAAAUAUAAAUCCAAUUUGAAUUAAUUUUGAACAUUAAAAUAGCAUAUCAGAUUAAAAAACAUAUCAAUAAUUUGGCAUGCCAUUUGUUACUGCAUAAGCCAAACAUCACCAUCAUUCUUGCUUGGCUACAUCCAGAAAAAAAUAUGGAUACUGGCUUCUUUCAGCUUUCUUCUAUUUAUCACUGUCCCUCAUCUACCUUUCUCUGUCUGGGAAUUUCCCCAAAUGGAAACCAAGAUUAAUAACAGAUUAUUGGAUAGUGUUACAACUAACAAAAGUACACCACAGUAUUAUCUUUCAAUCUUAAAAAAAAUCUAUCAUUAUAAUGGGAUAAGAGUUAGAGAAAUCUAUUAAAAUCUAAAAAUAUAUCUGCAAGACUUAAAUUCAGCAUUGUUUGGAUUGAUGCUAAGAAUCGGCGUAAAUUUAUAAUAUUUAUAUUAUUCUUUGAAACAUAUUAUAUAAAUUUAAUAAAAAAGUAUUAAUGUGA